AUGUCGACCGAUGACGCUCAAGUUGCUGAGUCGGGCAAGCCCAUAGCUCAAGAUCUUGUGAAAGAGAUAGCUAAAGAACGCGGUUAUCUCGGUGAAGAGCAACUCGCUCGGAUCGGGGAGAUUAACCCUGAGCUUCGCCGUGAAGUGGAAGAAGCACUACUCCGAAAAGAUGAGAUGAUCGGUUCUGCUGUCCUGACGCUGGCCAAGAAUCUUUACACAAGCAAUGCCAGGUUUGUCUUUGAGUUGCUGCAGAAUGCCGAUGACAAUGAUUACAGCACCGCUGUGUCGCAUGGUCAGGACCCGUAUGUCUCUUUCAAGGUACACCCUGACAGAGUGACAAUCGAAUGCAAUGAGAAUGGCUUUACUCAUGAAAACUUGAAAGCAAUUUGCGCAAUCGGCAAAAGUUCAAAGGUCGGCGCGGCUGGCUACAUUGGAGAGAAAGGCAUCGGGUUCAAGUCUGUCUUCAUGGCAGCCUGGAAGGUCCAUAUCCAGUCAAACGACUUUUCUUUCUCUUUCACACAUCGCAAAGGAGACUCAGGUCUUGGAAUGGUUACGCCUGUUUGGGAGGAAACGAAAGAGCCGAUAGGCGACUCAUCCACUCGCAUCACUUUACUACUUCAUACAAGUGAGGAUCCGGAAGAAGAUGAGCGGCGACGCGACACUAUCCACCUCCAGUUCCAAGACUUACAGCACACAAUAUUACUCUUUCUACGGAAGCUACGCAAGGUACAAGUUUCUUUCUACGACAAAGAGAAUGUUCAAACUGCAACAACCGUUUAUUCUCUUCACGGAAGCAAUCCGGCGACCAUUCGAAAGGAGACAUCUGAUGGUGUAGAGGAGAGACAGUACCAUGUCACCAAGCAUGUCGCUGAGAACAUCCCUCGAAGCGAGAAUAGAACAUACUCGGACGAACGCGACCGCGCUGACUCUUCUGCUGAAGUCGUGCUGGCGUUUCCCUUGACAGAUACGGGGGCUCCAAUUAUUGAGAAUCAGGAUGUCUUUGCGUUUCUUCCAAUGCGGCCGAUGGGUUUCAAGUUCCUCAUACACACAGACUUCGUCACGGAAGCCAGUCGUCAGGGCAUAGUAGUCAGCUCACUCCGAAACCGCGCCCUCCUGCAAGGCAUCGCAGACUGUCUCGUCAAAGCCAUCGAAGAGUUCUGUCGUCAUCCGACACUCCAAUACCAAUGGAUGCGCUGGCUGCCUCAACGAGACAGUUACCCUUGGGACAGUUUCUGGUCGAGUCUGCUAGACAGGAUCAAAGAAAGAAUACAUCAAGUCAAAGUUCUCCGUACACUUGGAUCUGGGCGUCUGGGUUCUAUGUUCCGGCUACGCAAUCUAUAUCCGUGGCUGCGCGAUGAAAAAGGCGAUCCCUUGUUCAAGGAUAUCGAUAAAGAGAUUUAUCUGGCAAAGGAGUAUGCCAAAGAUGACCUUGCACUAUUGGAACCGUAUGGCUUGCAAGGAGCCUCUGCAGAGGAAAUCAUUCUUCGCAUCGAGCACGAUCUUGAGAGAGACCCUGAAGCAUCCAGUAUGAAACAGUCGAUGGUAAGCGAUGAUGGGAAUUCACUCGCGGCACGAGCGCUUCUGCUGCUAUACCGUUCCCUUGAGAGAUCUAAGUCACUUCCCGGUCCGAUUCGAGCACGGCUCGAGCAUUUGAGGUUCAUUCCACUUCAUAAUGGCGGAUGGAUCUCUGCGAGUCGCCGGCCACUUUAUUACUCUCAUUCAUCGAAGCUGGAAGUGCCUGGUGGCCUAGGUCUAACUCUUGUGGAUGCAAAAGCAGCAUCUAAUCCAGAUCGGCGCGCUUUGCUUGACAAAUUUGGUGUCGCUGAGGCGCAGUUCCGAUAUAUUCGAGAGUUGAUCAUGAAUACUAUGUCAUCCGUUUUCGUUGUGGAUGAUGGUGCUCUCCGCGUGUCCUCUUCAUACCUCAAAUUCAUGUACCUCUCCGAAGCUCUUCUUAAAGACGAGGAAGUCCCAACGCUCCUGAAAGGCUUCCACGUUUAUGACCAUGGACGGCGCGCGUGUCAGCCAGUCAAACAGAAUGUCUACCUGCCAAGUGAUGACAAGUACGGGCCACGUCUAUUACUUUCACCAUGCGGCGAUGCGCCUGGCUUUGACGUACCGUUUCUACAUGACGACUACCUCGUUUCUCCACCUGCAACACCAGAGGGUCUUCUCUGGAGCUGGGAGGAUUGGCUCGAACUGCGACUCCGCCUGCGUCGCAAUGUCCGACUGGGAAUAAUGGACAAGCAAAAGAAAUUGAAAGUUUCUCCUUUGUUCCGCUAUAUCGAACAGCAUCGACCUCACCACCUUCUGGGCGCCCUGCAACGGGCGUGGUAUAUUGAGAACAUCAAUGUCGCAACCUCUGGUCAAUUGAUCACCGAGCUGCACAAGAUGAAGGUUCCUUGUAAAAGCCAGGGCAAAGUCUCUAAGUUGCAGUUUUUAUCGGUAACAUUUUUGCCUCUACCAGAGCUUGAAGGCAAACAUUCUCGCUAUGCUGAAGGCGAGGACUUCAUGUUCCUAGACCUAGACGAACCCGUAGCAUCAGAUACCUACAGAGCCAAAUGGGGUUUCUUGUUGGACCAUCUUUGCGUUGGCCACACUGACAGCCUUAGGUUUUACCUGUGGAUUCUCUGGUCAAUUCGCUACGGCAAUGCUGCAGCUGGAGUCCGUCGACAAUCCCGGAUCUUGGAUCUCUACGAGGUCAUUUAUACUCGGUGUCGAGAGGCCGACAUUUCCCUUAACGCGCAGACCCAAGCAAGGAACCUGUUCAACCAAGGGAGUCUUAUAUAUAUUCCCACCUACGAAUCGAAACCCGCUACAUGGGUAACACCUGACAAGUGUCUUUGGGACGCGCGAAAAGAGAUGCAGACAGCAUACCCUCUUGCCCAUCUGUACCGAACAAUCUUUCAUCGAUCCGAAGAAGAACUCGACAUUCUGAAACAGUUCUUCAAGACAACCCUGGGUGUCAAGGAUUGUUCAUGGGAGAAUUAUCUCAAUGAACUCCGGAGGUUAAGGACUAUGGCAAUUGAAGACUCUGACUGGGUGGACGGCAUAUACAAAUCUCUCAAAUCAGAGAGACCGAGUUUGAUCGACGUUGAUGCUACAAACAUCAGGAAAGCAUUCGCUGAAGAAAAGUUGAUCUACUUCAAUGUUGGCAAUACAAGUCGCUGGUAUACCGUCAGCGAGUGUCUAUGGUCCAGCGCCACCCAGAUCCGAGGCAGAGUAGCGCUCAACGAUCUUUAUCCUGACCUGGAGGAUUUUUUCGUCAAUUUCCUUGGCGUACAAGAGCUCACACUCAGCAUGGCAUAUGACGAACUCAAGGAGAUGGGUAACAGAAUUCCAUGUCCCCCAAUCGCCGCAGUCAAGGACACAAUUUGGGCACUCAAUUCUUUGUUAGGGACGGCAGAUCGCCUACCAGACGAAAGACCAGUCUUCAAAGGGGCAGUAUUCCCUGUCAAGUACCCCAAUGGUUCAGUAAAGCUACAGUCAGGUCGUACGGAUUUCGCCAUCGUUGACCGAAAGGCUCUAGGGGACAUCUUUGGGACGCGUGCCAAGACUCUAGACUUUACUCUCGAUGAAGUUCGUCGGCUACAGCCAUUUCUCUCGUGGCUCAACAUGGGGUCCAGAUAUCUAUCCACCUCAGUUCGGGAAAUCUCGACCGUGGCGGGUGAGCACAUGAGCAAACUCCAGUCUCCUAAUAGGGAGAUAAACCAGAAGGCCAACGGUCUUUACAGGGUUGCCGUUCACUAUAAUAGUCCUCGGGCACAAGACGACAACUCGAAGCUUCAUUGGAUUUUCGCUACUGCGAAAGUUUAUGAGACAGACGGCAUCUCAUCCGAGCUUCAUUUAUCCCAAGACGGACAGGCGAUAGUUCAUGCCCAAGAACAAAGCGAACUACACAUACGCGAAGACAGUGACGCUCUCAAGAUUUAUGUCCCGCGGGACCCCGAGGCUCAAGGGUUUUGUUACUUUGCGGCACUUCCUCGACGUUUACUUGAAUGGAUCAUGACCGAUCCAUCCACACUUCACGUCAAUCGCGCUGAUUCACAAGCAUUGCAGAUCGUCGCAGCGGUCUUGAAUGCUCCCCUUGUCAUCAUGACUCAGAUUCUGGAAGCGGAGGGAAUUAUCGAUGCACCCAUCCCAACUGGCAGCUUCAAGCAAGACGAAGAGAAUGGGGGACAUAGAGAUACUGAUGAGUCCAAUACGUGUCAGGAAUUGGAGACGAGCCACGACGAUGUCUCAAGUGAAGGGGUGGACGACACUACGCUGGCGUCGCUGGUGGAAUCAGAAGCCAUUGAAGAUGAAGUUGCUGGCCAAGAAUACUCUGCCACUCAUCGAUCUGCCGGCACUAUAUCCCCGCCAAGGCUUUCCGAUCUCCCCAUACGACAAAAGAGUCCAGCUACCUCAAGUUCGUCUGCGACUGGACAACUGAUUGUUACGCCAGCUUCAUCAACUACUGGCUAUGCUGGUCGGAACAAACGAAGACCAGUGCAUCGCACGCGAACAUCAAGCGCCAAUGACCGACACACCGAUAGGUUUGGUGAUGAACAAAGAACACCCGGCACAGCCAGUCACCCUGCGUUUGUGUUCGGGUCUUCGCCCGCAAUGCAAUCAAGCUCUGCGUUCCACUUCAAUGGCCCAGAUGGAGUCACACUAUCCUCUAUGAUUGAAGAUGAAGAAGUUUACAUGGGAAUGAUAGAUAAUGACAUUACUUCAGCUCGUAAAGCGGCAAUCCCUCGUCGUGAGUCCUUCGGCGAGCGUGGACUGUUCAACGCGCUACCCGAAGUUGAUGACGAGAUCCAAAUGUCACAACGUUUCCGCUCAUACGGGCCUCAAGAACGGGACAUGCGUAUCGGCGCUCUUGGCGAACUAUACGUCUUUGAACUUCUUCAGGGCUUUAGUCCAGCUCUCUCACAUUUCGGCAGAGACAAUUGGCAGAGCCGGAUGAGAAAGUUCGUCACCAUCCAUCCCAGUUAUUCCGACAUGCUACCAUGGAACGGUCAAGAGACGGCCGAUAUCGUGUACUUUGAUCGCGGGCGAGAGUUGACAAGGCAUUUGGUGGAAAAACGACAACUCGGCCCUGAGUGGUUAGGCGUGAAGCCUUUGUACUUGAUCGAGGUCAAGUCCACAACUGGAGACAGUCGCACUCCGUUCUACAUGAGCAAGCGACAGUACCAAAAGAUGGGAGACUACUCGAACACGUUGGCAUCGUCUACGGUAUCUACAGCGACCGCGACCGCGACCACGCCCCCCAUUUACCUAAUCGCCCGGGUCUCGAAUGUCGGCAAGACAAACAUACAUUUGGAUCUUUACUUCUAUCCGGAAACACUGCGUGUGAGAGGUUCAUUGGUCUUUACGCCCGAAACAUGGUCAGUUGUUCCUGGGUCAAUUGCUCCUGGGCUGGGCUAG